AAAACAUGUAAAUUACGGACGCAGGUAUCCAAAACGCAUAAAGUUUUGUAGGUUGGAAUGUUCCGUCGAAUAAAUUGUUUUUUGUUUUUAAUUUCUUUGGUAUUGCUGUCAUUUUACUUCACUGGUUUGAGCUUAAUGGAAAAAACCAAAAACUAUCAGAAAGAGAACGAUCGUCUGCUGCUGAGAGAAGUAAGGAAAAAGGUUAAAAUUAACACAUUAAGAAGUAGUACUGUUCAUCAAUCUAGCCAUCAAAAAGUAGAAGCAAGGUUGGAAGCGCGAAGGAAAAACAUGUUGAAGUCAUGCGUUCAUUAUAAACGUAAUCUAUCAAUUCCGAUGGAUGUCGCAUUCGUCAACCAUCCAUCAUUAAAAGCUUCUUUGUUUUUCUCGGAUAAAUAUAAGCUUCUCCUUUGCGAAAUUCCGAAAUGUGCUUCAACUAAUCAAGCAAAGUUUCUUACCAUGGCCGAAGGACUGUUAACGAAAGAAGAAUCGGUAAAGUUACCUUCAAUAAGAGCGACUACAAUAGCGCACCGAAAACUUUCGGCUCGACAAGCGAAGAAUAUAUUUCAGAUUUCAAAAAGAAUGAAAACCUACACCUCACUGGUCAUUGUACGUGAGCCUUUCAGUAGACUUCUAUCCGCCUUCCGAAACAAAUUAGAAAAUAACUCAAGAUCUGACGGCUACAGUAGGUUGGGCAAUCGCAUUCAUCGGUCUUACAGCGUUGAAAACAAUACACAAACCAACGAAACGUCUUAUGAUACAAACGUUACCUUUGCUGAAUUUGCAAAAUAUUUAACUAAUCCAAUUCAUCUACCUAUCUCCGAUCCACAUUGGAAAUUCUAUGAAGGGCUGUGCGCACCAUGUGCCUUAAAAUAUAAUUUUAUCGUUCAUUUGGACACUUUGCAAGAAGAUAUGGAUUUCAUUGUCAAAAAAUUGAAUAUAAAAAACACAUAUUUUCCACCAUCUUACGAUUCAUUCACCGAUCAUAAAAAAGUGGAGAAAUAUUACAAUGGAAUACCAUCAGACACGUUAAAUGCUUUAUAUCGCACAUACAAAAUUGAUUACGAUUUAUUUGGAUUUUCAACGCCAUAUGGGGUAUGAGAUUGGCAAAAAUGCUUGUUCACAUGUAAUUUUAAAGCAGUGCUUGUCAAUUGGAGGAUGGCUCAUUCCACAUAAAGGGAUUCAUUACUACAUAAGCGAAAAUUUCAUUUUCAAAAUUGUUAUCGCCUCGUUUGGUAUGGAAUUAUAGAAAACACCUGGCUGUAGAACUGGUUAUGACAAACAGAAAACAGGUUUCGAUAUGGUAUUGUGUGAAUGCGACAUAAGAUAUCAAUGCUUCAUUUCAUUAUAUGAAAAUUGUUCAAAUAAUUUGUAAUGAAAUAUACAAGUAAGUUUUUCAUAAGCCUUCAAGCAUUAAAUUUACGUCCGUAAGUUUUCCAAUUCCCUUCAAAAUUUGUACACAUUUGUACAAAAUUUCAUCACUUACUUACUUUCACGAAUCCGAUAACAGAUGCCUUUCUAUGAUAUUUUAAACAAUUACAAUAGCAUUAAAUAAAACGAAGCCCGAGUAUUUUCAUCAACUGUUUAGUCUAAGUAUAUAAAUAUAUUGUUAGGUCUAAUUUGUUCCAGCGUAUUAUGGUAUUCGUUCAAGCUUGAUUUUGAAGUCGAGAGAGCCAAUUUUGAAUAGAAUUUAAAUUUUGGUAGUUAAUAUUCAUUACAAUCAUGCCAUUUCUUUGACUUUAUUUGUUGAAUAAUUUUCCAUCAACUUUCUGUCGCUUUGUAGGUCCAGCAUGUUGGUUUUUGAUAACUGCCCUGAAUGCUUAUUUUUUGGCGACAGAACUUGAUAUAUCUAAAUAUGUAUGUUUAAACUAUAUUUUAAUAAAUCUUUCGGAGAAAA